CGAGAGCAGGAACGUGGUACGGAGCUCCGAUCCCAGCGCAGCCACCGCGAUGAGAGGCGCUCGCCGCGCCUGGGAUUUUCUCUGCGUCCUCUUCCUCCUGCUCCGCGUCCAGACAGGCUCUUCUCAACCAACUGUGAGUCCAGGGGAACUGUCUCUACCAUCCAUCUAUCCAGCAAAAUCAGAGUUAAUAGUCAGUGCAGGUGACGAGAUUAGGCUGUUUUGCACUGAUCCCAGCUUUGUCAAAUGGACUUUUGAGACCCUGAAUCAAAUGAGUGAGAGUCGGCAAAAUGAAUGGCUCAUGGAGAAAGCCGCUGCCACCAACACAGGCAAAUACACAUGUACUAAUGAAGACGGCUUAAGCAGUUCCAUCUAUGUGUUCGUUAGAGAUCCUAAUCAGCUUUUCCUUGUGGACCAACUCUUGUAUGGGAAGGAAGACAGUGAUACACUGGUCCUCUGUCCUCUGACGGACCCAGAGGUGUCGAAUUACUCCCUCAAGAGUUGCGAUGGGAAACCUCUUCCCAAGGACUUGACGUUUGUCCCUGACCCCAAGGCGGGCAUCACUAUCCGAAGCGUGAAGCGCUCCUAUCACCGGCUUUGCUUGCGUUGCUCUGCUGUCCAGGAUGGCACAUCCUUGCUGUCAGAUAAAAUCAUCCUCAAAGUGAGGGCAGCCAUCAAAAGUGUACCAGUUGUCUCUGUGUCCAAAGCAAGCUAUCUUCUUAGGGAGGGAGAAGAAUUUGCUGUCAUGUGCACAGUAAAAGAUGUGACUAGUUCUGUGCUAUCAAUGUGGAUAAGGGAAAACAGUCCGCAGAUUAAAGCACGGUUACAACGUAAGAGCCGGCAUCAGGGUGACUUCAGUUAUGAACGUCAGGAAACAUUGACUAUCAACUCAGCAAGGGUUAAUGAUUCUGGAGUAUACAUGUGUUAUGCCAAUAAUACUUUUGGAUCAGCAAAUGUCACAACAACCUUGAAAGUAAUAGCUAAAGGAUUCAUUAAUAUCUUCCCCACGAUGAAUACUACAAUAUUUGUAAAUGAUGGAGAAAAUUUAGAUUUAAUUGUUGAAUAUGAGGCUUACCCCAAACCUGAACACCAGCAGUGGAUAUAUAUGAACAGAACUUCCACUGAUAAAUGGGAGGAAUAUCCCAAAUCUGAGAAUGAGAGUAAUAUCAGAUAUAUAAGUGAGCUGCAUUUGACCAGAUUAAAAGGCACUGAAGGAGGCACUUACACGUUUCUGGUGUCCAAUUCUGAUGUCAAUUCUUCUGUAACAUUUAAUGUUUAUGUGAACACAAAACCAGAAAUCCUGACUUCUGACAGACUCAUGAAUGGCAUGCUCCAAUGUGUGGCUGCAGGAUUCCCAGAGCCCACAAUAGAUUGGUACUUUUGUCCAGAGCAGAGAUGUUCCAUUCCUGUUACGCCAGUGGAUGUGCAGAUACAAAAUUCAUCUUUGCCACCGUUCGGAAGACUAGUGGUUCAGAGUUCCAUAGAUUCUGGUGCAUUCAAACACAAUGGCACGGUUGAGUGUAAGGCUUACAACGAUGUGGGCAAGAGUUCUGCCUAUUUUAACUUUGCAUUUAAAGGUAACAACAAAGACCAAGUCCGUUCCCACACCUUGUUUACACCUUUGCUGAUUGGCUUUGUUAUUGCAGCUGGUAUGAUGUGCAUCAUUGUGAUGGUUCUUACCUACAAAUACUUACGGAAACCCAUGUAUGAAGUACAGUGGAAGGUUGUUGAGGAGAUAAAUGGAAACAAUUACGUUUACAUAGACCCAACGCAACUUCCUUAUGAUCACAAAUGGGAGUUUCCCAGAAACAGGCUGAGUUUUGGGAAAACUUUGGGUGCUGGCGCUUUUGGGAAAGUCGUUGAGGCUACUGCAUACGGCUUAAUUAAAUCAGAUGCUGCCAUGACUGUUGCCGUGAAGAUGCUCAAACCAAGUGCCCAUUUAACUGAACGAGAAGCCCUAAUGUCUGAACUCAAAGUCCUGAGUUACCUUGGAAAUCAUAUGAAUAUUGUGAAUCUUCUUGGAGCAUGCACCAUUGGAGGGCCCACCCUGGUCAUUACAGAAUAUUGUUGCUAUGGUGAUCUUUUGAAUUUUUUGAGACGAAAACGCGAUUCAUUUAUUUGCUCAAAGCAGGAAGAUCACACAGAAGCAGCACUUUAUAAGAACCUUCUGCAGUCAAAAGAGUCUUCAUGCGAUAGUACUAAUGAGUACAUGGACAUGAAACCUGGAGUUUCUUAUGUUGUUCCCACCAAAACAGACAAGAGGAGAUCUGCAAGAAUAGGCUCAUACAUAGAAAGAGAUGUGACCCCUGCCAUCAUGGAGGAUGACGAAUUGGCUCUCGACCUUGAAGACUUGCUGAGCUUUUCUUACCAGGUGGCAAAGGGCAUGGCCUUCCUUGCCUCGAAGAAUUGUAUUCACAGAGACUUGGCAGCCAGAAAUAUCCUCCUUACUCAUGGCCGAAUCACAAAAAUUUGUGAUUUUGGUCUAGCCAGAGACAUCAAGAAUGAUUCUAAUUAUGUGGUCAAAGGAAAUGCUCGACUACCUGUGAAAUGGAUGGCUCCUGAAAGCAUUUUCAACUGUGUGUACACAUUUGAAAGUGAUGUCUGGUCCUAUGGGAUUUUUCUCUGGGAGUUGUUCUCUUUAGGAAGCAGCCCCUACCCUGGAAUGCCAGUUGAUUCCAAGUUCUACAAGAUGAUCAAGGAAGGUUUCCGAAUGCUCAGCCCUGAGCAUGCACCUGCUGAAAUGUAUGACAUAAUGAAGACAUGCUGGGAUGCUGAUCCCCUAAAGAGACCAACGUUCAAGCAAAUUGUUCAGCUAAUUGAGAAGCAGAUUUCAGAUAGCACCAAUCAUAUUUACUUCAACAUUGCAAACAACAGCCCCAAGCCAGAGAACCCCGUGGACCAUUCUGUGCGAAUCAACUCUGUUGGCAGCAGUGCUUCUUCCACUCAGCCUUUGCUUGUGCAUGAAGACGUUUGAAACAAAACAAGUGUAUGGGGGUCUCUCUGACCAUCAGGAUCCCCUUCUUCUGGCUUCCAUGAUUGUUAUUUUGUUUUCCCUUUGGCUUGCAUCCCACUCUAGGGUAGUGGGUUCCCCACUGUCAUCCCAUCUUUAUGAGCACACUUUAGUGACUGAUGAGCUUGGUCGUCAGCCACCAUCCCAUCACAAGGGUUGAAGUUGUAUAUAUUCCCAAUAGCCAAGUAACCCAGUAAAAGAUAAAAUUCUGAUUUGGAAGAAGGGAGAGUGGGAUGGGCUGGACACACCAUUGUCCUUUGCAAGGCUUGUCUACUUCUGUUUGAAAAGUAAGGUUGAUAUUUAAUUUGAAUAAAUAACAGUAGUCACAUUUAGCCUUUGUAAUCAUCCAUAAUGAUGUGUUGAUGCUGCAAGGUCAGAAGCUGAAAUCUCAAGCUCUUUAUGUGGAAAAUAAAGCAUUAUUGAAAUAAAGGGCAUUAAGUCUGAGUAUCUGGGCUUAGGAAAGCCAAUUUUUCAUGCUGGGAAUGAGACAUGGCCGUGAAAAGUGUUCCCCAAGCAUGAAAAAAAGGCAUGCUGCUGUGAUCCACUGCCUGAUCUUUUGUAAUACUGACCUGAUUUUUAAAUAGAGUUUGCUCUUGGGGAGCUGAAUUGGAAAGAAGGCCUCCCCAGCCAGCAUUCAUAUAAACUCAGCUAUAAAUUAUAUAUGUUCACAUAUUUUUGGGGUGAAAAGCUGCAAAGUUUCGUUUCUGUGUAUAACCCGGCCCUGUGUCCACUAUGUAUAGUGAUAGAUGAAGAGCCAUACAAGUUCGAAGGAAACAGUUAAUUUUUUUAAAGAAACAUAACUUGCCAAGCACAGUCUUAAAGAACCUUUUUUUUUUUAGCUGAUGAACUCACUCUAUAGAUUCUCCAGAACAAGUCUACCAGCUUUAGAAUGGCAUUGUGCUCAAUGGAUUUGAUGCUGUUUGAAAAAGUUACUGAUUCACUGCAUGACUCCAGCAGGAGUGAGAAAACAGUGCUUAGUUUGGAUUCUUAUGUAGCAAGAAAUGAAAUUUAGAUACAGCCUCCUUACAGGCAUGCCCUGGAUGUUGGGCCAGUAUAUAUAUAUUUGUGUGUGUGUGUGUGUGUGUGUGUGCGUGCGCACGUAUAUGCGUGUAGACAAAUAUUUCUUUGGGUAUCUUGCGCUGAGCCCAAGAGGGUCCUUCAGUACCCUAGAAAGAAUUUGGCUUUCAUCACCAACCCUGCUCUUGUUUCUCUUCUCUUAGCUGUCUAGAAUGCUUACCAAAAGCUUACAGAGAGGCAUGUAGGAAGUGGAGUGCUUCAGGACUUAUUUAUUUGCAAUCCACCUGCACUUAAAGCACUCUUGUUAUUUAUACUCAACAUACUGUACCUGUUCGUUAGACUUUAUUAAUGUUACUGUCCCACUGAAACAUAUUUAAAAUUAGGCCGUAAGCUGAAUAGUAUCUUGUGGCUUGCCUUUUUUUGACUUUUUAUUUUUUUUUAUCACUGCCCAGCUGUAAGAGAUAAAUAAAUACAUGGCAAGGUAUGUGUUGUCUUGCAAGAUUCAGAUAUGUUGCCUUCACAGUUUUUUCCUCCUGUGUCCCUUAGACAAAGUUUAGAGAACUGUGGCCAUUAAUCUGGAAAUUACCAUUUGCACUGGAGUUCUAUGCUCUCGCACCUUUCCAAAGUUAACAGGUUUCGGGGUUGUGUUGUCACGUUAAGAGAUUGUCGCUGUUUGCUAUACUUUGUCUGAAAAAUUCCUUUGUGUUUCUGUUGACUUUGAUUAUAAUAAAAAUAUAAGUGACUGAUAAUUGCAGAUGUCCAGGUACUUCAGGGGCACUUCAUUGAAGGUUUUGUCUGGGAUAUUCUUGAAAGUUUAUAUUUUUAUAAUUUUUUUUUUUUUAACAUCAGACGUUUCUUUACAGUGGCUUAAAAAAAUGUUUGAAAUUAUUUUGUGGCUUUUUUGUAAAUAUUGAAAUGUAGCAAUAAUGUCUUUUGAAUAUUCCCAAGCCCAUGAGUCCUUGAAAAUAUUUUUUAUAUAUACAGUAACUUUAUGUGUAAAUAUGUAAGCGGUGCAAGUUUGAAGGAUGUUGAUGUACCAUGUGUUUUUUUUCCCUGAUAUGU